UACAGCUCAAAAGACGAUGAAAUAGACGGCAACUGCAUAGUUCGCGCACGAGGUCUGCCGUGGCAGUCUUCCGACCAAGACAUCGCAAAAUUCUUCAGGGGACUCAAUGUUGCAAAGGGUGGAGUAGCUCUCUGCCUGUCACCGCAGGGGCGACGCAACGGCGAGGCGCUGGUGCGGUUCAUCUCACAGGAGCACAGAGACAUGGCGCUCAAGCGGCAUAAGCACCACAUCGGCCCGCGAUACAUAGAGGUGUACCGUGCGAGCGGCGACGACUUCCUCUCGGUAGCUGGUGGAGCGACAUGCGAGGCGGCGGCUUUCCUUUCGCGAGGUGCGCAGGUUAUAGUGCGCAUGCGUGGACUACCGUACGACGCCACGCCGCAACAAGUUCUGGACUUCUUCACAACGGGAGACGAUCCAGUCCAAGUGUUGGAUGGCGCGGAGGGAGUUCUCUUCGUGCGGAGAGCGGACGGGCGCGCGACUGGAGAUGCGUUCGUUCUCUUUGCCAAGGAGGAGGACGCCCCCAAAGCCCUCUCGAGACAUCGCAAACUCAUUGGCACUAGAUAUAUUGAGCUGUUCAGGUCUACCACAGCUGAAGUGCAGCAGGUACUUAACCGCUCGCUCGAAACGCGUACAAGCCAGAGCAGUACUCCGUCGACGGCGCCGGGAUCGGUCGCCCCGCGGAGGGUUGCUCCCCGUGGCCCUUGUCCCCAACACGUGAUCACGUCCGGCACCGCGAAGGACUGCGUGAGGUUGCGUGGACUGCCGUAUGAGGCCCAGGUGGAACACAUCCUGACAUUCCUGGAGGAGUUUGCCAAAAAUAUAGUUGUUCAAGGAGUCCACAUGGUCUACAAUGCUCAGGGCCACCCCAGCGGCGAGGCGUUCAUCCAGAUGGACAGCGAGGCGAGCGCGUUCCUGUGCGCGCAGCAGAAGCACCACCGGUACAUGACCUUCGGCAAGAAGCAGCGGUACAUAGAGGUGUUCCAGUGCUCCGGCGACGACAUGAACAUGGUGCUGACCGGCGGCGUGACGCCGGCCACGUCGCCGAAGGUGCUGUCGCCCGGUACGUUGAUGUCCCCCGCCCCCGCGCCCGCGCCGCGCACCCCGCGCGCGCGCCUGCUCGCGCACCACAUCGCGCAGCAGAGCCUGCUCGCGCGCCAGCACGAGAACCUGCUCCUCGCCUCCCUGCGCCCGCCCAUGGUGCCGCUCCUGCCCGCGUACCAGCUGAUGCCGCAGCAGACCAUCCUGCCGACCAAGCGCACGUACGAGCGCGCGUUCACGCCGACGGAGACUACGCCCGCGAAACGUCCCUACACGAUGCCGCAGCAGAUCGCGCCGGGCCUGUCCCUGCCCGUGUUCACUUAUAACGCCACUUCGCCGAUUUUCUCGUACGCGAACUCGACGCCGAUGUUGCCGACGUACGCGAACGCUCUGCCGACCGCGAUCCCGACGGCGCUGCCGACGGACUACGGCGCGGCGCUGUCGGCGCUGCCGGCGUCGAUGAACGCGCAGUACCAGGCCGCGCUGUCCAUGUUCCCCACGUACCCGCUGCUGCCGUGGCGGCUCAACAACUAGACCGCGGCCUAUUUGAAUACUCGGUACCUGAGCUAUUGAAGGUGAAAAUUCGUGACCUUUUGACUGCGUUGUCACUUCCGUGCCUCACUGAUUCAGAUACGUUCGAUAUGUCGAAUAAUUUUAUUAAACUUGAGACGUUCAGUUAUCGUUAUAUUUAAGCUCAUUAAUUGAUAAAAACCCUUUAUUUUCUAUACAAUCAUCAAUUGAAACAUUAUUAAUUAUAAGCCAAAUCGAGUCUCAAAUGCCAAUUGAUUGGUCAAUUUUAGUUCCACAUUUCACCACUGUAGGCGCUGCGGUCGCAAACAGCGCAGUACCAACGCAGUCGCUCACAAGAAAGGUUGUGUCCACGCGCCAAGCGGCAGUCGUAACCAAACAGGGUAAAUAAUGACAAAAUAAAAGCUCAAUAACAACCGCGAUGUGCCUUUGACGGAUUUUGAUAUUUUUUUUCAUAGUAAUAAUAAUGAAUUUAUUAAAGUAAGUUCUAAUCGUGGCAGUUGACAUGCAGCUAUUAGUUAGUACUUAUCGAUUGUUGAUUUAUACACUCUAUGCGUUGUUGAGAUGUCAUUAAGUUUUUAAGUGAAUAUGAAUUAAGAUUUAUAAAGAUAUUUUAUAGGCUUACUUGUGUGAUCAGAUGAUGUUGUGAUUAUAAUGUAAACAUUCCAUGAAUAGACGUGUUUCUGCCAACAAUCCAAGGCUGAGCGUAAGUCUGAAUGAGUACUUAUAUAGGUAUUCGGGACAUUGUAUACUUAAGUAUGACUCGUCAGUACAAUGCACUAAUUAUUAAGUGUUUUUUUUCUAUUUGUUGCGUUUUGCUUCCGCACUGUCUCGUGCUAGGCUUUAGGCUGUAUGAUGCAAUAUUCGUGUUCAGUUCGCAUAGAUAUUAAAUCACGUUUCUAAAGCGUCAUUAUGAAUUUGCUUAUUUUAAUAUGUUAUUUACUAAAUAC